AUGUAUAUUGUUUACCAUGCUACUUAUUUGCUAUGGAAUCUUCAAUCAACACAGGUUCAAAUGCUUUCAUUGAAAAUGACUUCAGGAAUUGGAAGAAGUGUUCAGAAGCAUGUUUUAGAAAAUGCUCCUAGAUUUGCUAAAUAUACUUCAAGCGAUGUUCAGAAAGAAAUUCUACAUGUUCUUGCUACAAUGUUAGCAUUGGUGGCUGCUUCAAGGGAAGUACUUCAAAUUCAUGAGUUUUUUACACAAUUGACUACUAUUGUCAAUAUUGUUGGUGUAUCUUGCAAACGAUAUGAUCAACUACAAGAAGCUCAAAAAAUUGAAAAUGCAAAAUUGAUUGCCAAUGAUGAGCUAGAAAUAAGUACUCAUACCGUUCUUAAUAACAUUAUUGAUGAUGGUACAACUUCUACUCAAAGAGGUGAGACUUAUGGUAUCAACAAUGUGCUAUCCUCAUUGAGGGAUAAUGGUUGGUGCAAUUUACUUGAGAUUGUUAAUAAGUUUUGUGAGAAACAUGAAAUUGACAUUCCUGAUAUGAGUACACAAUACACGAUUGGAAGAGGUCGAUCUUGUCAACCAAAGAUAACAAUCGAGCAUCAUUAUCAAGUACAUGUGUUUUUGGCAGCAAUUGACUCUCAAAUUCAAGAGUUACAUAGUAGAUUCAAUGAGAAAACCAUGGAGCUUUUGACUUUAAGUACUGCUUUGGACCCUAAAGACAAUUUUAAGUUGUUUAAUAUUCAGAAUAUAUGCAAGUUAGCUGAAAAGUUUUAUCCUUCAGAUUUUUCUGAUCAUAAAAGGAUUCUUUUGAAUGCUCAAUUGCAACAUUAUGCAUUUGAUAUACCUAAUCAUCUAAAAGAUGUUGGAACACUUUUUGAGUUAUGUCAAAGAUUGAAAGAAACAGAAAAAUCAAGAACUUAUCAUUUGGUUGAUAGACUGAUUCGCAAUGUCUUGACUCUUCCAGUAUUUACAGCAACAACAGAAAGAGCUUUCUCGGCAAUGAAAAUUGUUAAAACAAGGUUUCGGAGUAAAAUGGCAGAUGAAUUUUUUGCAGAUAAUUUAGUCAUUUACAUUGAGAAAGAAAUUACAGCUACUUUCAGUACAGAUUCAAUAAUAGAUGACUUUGAAUCAAGAAAAAAAUGUCGAACUCAAUUGUCUAUAUAA